AUGACGCACGACGCACCACCCAAACGCCCAGCAGAUCCCGGCAAGCCAGACGCACCACUCCGUAGCCUCAGCGAGCAACUCAAUCAUCGUAGCGCAGCCCCGAACGCAGGGAUUCUUCCCGCCUUCAACCAUGGCCAGGACCAAGGAAUCCAGCAAGGAUGUCGUCGUCCGCCGUCUCCGCGCCCGCCUCGACAGCAAGGGCAAGCCGUCGGAGGAGACAAUGUCCUGCGCGCCCAAGUGGACUUCUACGCCGAGCUCCGAGAUCACCUGGCCGUCAACGAGGCCUCCUCGGGGCUGCAGGCAGUCGACGCCCUCGCCCUCGCCCUUAUCGCGGAUGACGACUCCCUACCGGCCACGCUGACGGAGCCCGACACGACCAUCAAGCGCCCAGCCCCGCGCAACAAGGCCCAGUCGAAGCGUCCGGCCAAGAAGCGACGCACCACCGCGAACUCCCUGAAGUAUUCCCUCGAGCUCCCCGACGACGUGCCGGCCGCGAUCCGUCGUGACGUGAAUCGCCUUAUCAAGGAGGCGGCAGGACGAGGGAAGACUUCAUUCCGGCUGGCGUAUCCGUGGUCCGGGCAGCGAGCCUGGUGCGACCCGCAAGAGCACCCGCUGCUUCAUCUUCUGCACUGGCGCUUCUGGAUGAAGCACCGCGCUACUUUCUUCAUCUGCGCCCUCUACGCACCCACCGGCAACUCCGACGCACGCCGCAAGAAGAAGUCCGUCGCCGUGCAGGCCCGUUUGCGAUUCAUCCGCGCGAACAUCGAGGUGUUCGGCUACUACAGCUUCCUGGCCCAGCUGGAGGACAAGGCCCACGACAACCUGAUGUGGUACGGGGGCAAGGCGGCCGCUCACUCGGUAGCGGCCAAGACUCAAGCCGCCCAAGUCGACCUGGCUACGCUCUACAAGAAAAAUAGGGCUCUCUACGACCGGACCAUCGCCCGCGCUCUCGAUCCGUUCUCCAUCGACGAAGACGGCUAUAGUUCUGUUCCGGAGCUGCUGGAGCAGACCCAGGCGUUGGACAUCACUCGGAAGCCCCACCUCCGCCUCUCGGACGUCGCCCUGGGCCGCAUCGCCAUGGACGUUGCCAGCCGGUCGCCUCCCAACCCUGCUUGGGUUGGUAACAAGACUAGCGGCGUUUGGAAGCGGCUCCUCUCGGAUCGGUCGCUCCGCGAGGUUCAGACCAACAUUGUGCAGCAGCAAUUGGACGGUACGUAUGAAGCGCUGGACGACGUCAAGCCUUACGACGUGACCGAGCGAGGGGACGACGACUCCGACUUCGAAGGCGAAGACGACGACAGCUAUUCGGCCUUGCCUCCUUCUGCGCCUCUUCCAGCCCGGCCCUCGCUCACGGUUUCCGGCUCCGACGUCGACGAGGAGGAGGAAGACAAGGUCGAUGAAGCCGACGACGCCGCCGAGGACGCCGAAGACGACGAAGAAGAGGCCGAAGACCGCGAAGAGGCAGCCGGCGAUGAAGAGGAAGCGGAAGACGGCGAGAUCACGGAGAGCAAGGCCACCUCCAAGUCCAACAGCGACGCGUCCUCGGUUGACCGCAGCCACGGUUCGGGCGUGACGUCCUCCAAGAAGUCUUCGGGCGACGGGGAGGCUAAGAAGGCGCCGCGUCCACCAAGAAGACCAAGUAACCACCGACAACACGCGCUCGGCGUCGUACCGUAG